AUUUAAUCAAUUAUCUUUUGCUCUUUUGAGAUGGUCCUGAUGGAGACUCUUGCUCAGGAAUGCGCUUUUUUCUCUCUCCCUCUCACUCUCUCUCUAUGUUUCUCUUCUUGUCGCUCACGGUUUAUGCAGCAUGCCCCUUUGCUGAUGUAGCAUCAGCCGAGCUUGAUCUUUUUCCAUCUUUUCACCUUUUGAUAUUUUCAGAUUCAUUCCUCUUCCUAUUUCCUUUCCUGUCAUUUUUCUUUCCUUUUUCUUUUUUUCAAUUAUAAUCAUGAUAAAUACUAUCCCCCCAUCGUUGCCUAAUCCCAUCCAUCCCCUGAUUCGAUCGCGUCCCCUACCGAGCGACAC